AGAGAAAACUGCAUGAAAAAGAGGAAGAGAUGGAGAGAAAACUGCAUGAAAAAGAGGAAGAGAUGGAAGGAGUGAGACUGCUAUCUGAGACAAGGGAGACAGAAAGGAGGGAUGAGCAAAGAAAGAGAGACGAAAGGGAAAAGAAAGAGAUGAGCAAGCUGAAAGAAAUCAUUGAAAAGAAAAAUAAAGAAAUAACUGAUACACAGCAAUUGGUUACAGAGAAAGAAAAAGAGAUUGUGAAAGUGAGGGCGAGAUCCGUUGACAACGUAAAAGAAAUUGAGCGGCUGAAAGAAAACAACGAACAGCAGGAGUCUGAGGCGGUGGCAAUGCAACGGCAACACACAGAGGACAAAAGUAGGAGAGAUGCCGAGUCAAUGGACAAGUUACGAGGGAAAGAAGUGGAGCUCAACAACUUAAAACAAAAGGACGGGGAAAAUAAGAGAGAACUCGUCAGUUUAAGGCAAACCAUUAAACAAACAAAAACAGAACUGGAAAACUUAACUGCCAUGAUGGAGAAGGAAAGGAUGAACAUGAUACAGGAAUAUGAAAAGGAAAUGAAGACGAAGGAAGAGGAGAUGAGGUUGAUGUUAGAAGACAACGAAAGUGCUACCAGCCAACUGCAGAAAAUGGAGGAAGAAAGUAGAAGGAACAUUUCAGGCAUGACAGAAUGCUUAAGGGACAGCCAGAGGAAGGUUGAGGUACUGCAGGAGCUGAACGUGAAAUUGAAGAAAGAGAUGGACAACCUCAGGAAGAAGUGUCAGGAGUAUGAGGGGGACCAGGGGGUUCAGAGGACCGAGAGGGAGAGCAGGGAGGCUGACAUCAGGGAGCUGCUCUGUGGAUAUGAAGAGCAGUUAAAAAACAAAGAUGGGGAAAUCCACCAUGUUAUGGAAGAGCGGGACCUGGAGGUUGCUGCGUUGAAACAGACGAACGAUGAGAGACAGAAGGAGCUGGAGAAAAUGAAAGAAGAGAAGGAGGUGAGAGAGAAACAGGUGGAUGAGAUACGAGGGUGUUAUGAGAAGAAUCUGAGAGAAAGACAGAAUGAGCUGAAACAGACGGCUGAGGAAAAGGAGAAAAAGCUUGAGAAAAGGGAGAGAGUGUAUAAUGAGAAGGAACGAGAACAAGCAAGAAGUAAAGAAUUGCUGGAUAACAGAGGAUGCGAACUUGAGACAAAAGAGGCAGAGCUAGUGAAAAGAGAAGAAGUGCUAGUGAAAGGAGAGGAAGUGCUAGUGAAAAGAGAAGAAGUGCUAGUGAAAGGAGAGGAAGUGCUAGUGAAAGGAGAGGAAGAGCUAGUGAAAAGAGAGGAAGGGCUAGUGAAAGGAGAGGAAGGGCUAGUGAAAAGAGAGGAAGGGCUAGUGAAAGGAGAGGAAAGGCUAGUUAAAAGAGAGGAAGGGCUAGUGAAAGGAGAGGAAAGGCUAGUGAAAAGAGAGGAAGAACUGGAGAAAAGAGAGGAAGGGCUAGUGAAAACAGAGGAAGAGCUAGUCAAAAGAGAGGAAGAUCUAGUGAAAGGAGAGGAAAAUCUAGCGAAAGGAGAGGAAGAGCUAUUCAAAAGAGAAGAAGAAUUAGUGAAAGGAGAGGAAGAGCUAGUGAAAAGAGAGGAAGAGCUAGUGAAAAGAGAGGAAGAGUUGGAAAGUAGAAGACGAGAAGUAAAGAACUGGGAGGAAGAUCUAGAAAUAAGACAGAAAGGACAAGAAAAACGGAAACAGGAGUUGUGGAGCCAAGAAAAAUGCUUGAAAAGAAAGGAAGAAGAGUCUGAAAGCCAAGAACAAAACAUCUGCAGCAAGGAGCAAGAUGUGGAGAAAAUAGAAAAAGAGCUGCAAAACAGAAAGAACCAACUUGAUAGUAGGGAAUAUGAUUUAAAAACUUCGGAAGAAAAUAUUAAGAAAAUCGAGCUGGAUCUAGAAAACCUUCAGCGACAACAGGACAACCGUCAACUAGAGCUGGAUGAAAGGGAAAAUGAACAAGGGAGUGGGAAGAUAGAACAUCAGAACCAGAGAGAGGAUCUGGAAAAAAGAGAGAGAGAACUGAGGGCCAGAGAACAUGAACUCGACAACAGGGAACAUGAUUUGAGAUGUGGAGAACAAGGGUUGGAAAACCAGGAAAAGGAUGUGAACAACCGACACCGCGACAUGGACAAAAGACAAGAAGAAUUGGAAAAUAUACAACAAGACCUUGAGAAAAGGGAGCUUCACCUGGAGAAUAGAGAAGAAGAAAUAAAGAAGCAUAGACAAGCUCUGGAAAAAAGAGAGAAAGAGAUCCAAGAGAGCAAACAAGGACUUGAAAACAAAGAACACAAUUUGAAGAAUGAAGAGCAAGAGUUACUGAACAGGAGAACAGAGCUAGAAAUUCAAGGGAAACAUAUGAGCAACAGGAGCCAAGACAUGGAAAAGCUGGAGGGGGAGGUGGAAAACCAUCAGCAAGAGCUAAAGAACAGAGAGGAAGGUUUUGACGAAAAAAUGCAAGAGUUGAGGAAUUGGGAGCAGCGUCUAGAAAGACUUGAAACAGAACUAGAGAGGAGAGGGCAUGAACAGAGGAAUACAAAUAAUAGAUUCAAGGAAAAGGAGCGAGAAGUGAACCAUUUUGAAAAAGAUCCGGAUGGCAGAGAUUAUGACGUGGAGAUCAGAGAGCCUAACGGAUUGAUACCAAGCCAUGAAGCACAUGGAGGAGAUGUAUGUGACAUGACAGCAAGAUAUGAUAAUGUGACACUAGAGGGUAUAGAGGAUUCCCAUAUGAUGUACCAGGAAGUAGGAGUGGUGGAGAAAGAAGGACGGGAACUGCAGGGAAAAGAACCAGAGAGGAGUGGAAGCAUCACAGACCGGGAAGAUCAGAAGAUGAUGGAAUGUGCCUCGUCUGCAAUCUUAAACAAUAACAGUCAGUUUGAAAGAAUGGCAGCGCCAGAAGAGAAAGAGGAGGCUAGACAGAAUCUGGAAGAACAGGCGAAAGAGGAGAUAGAAGAAGAGGGAGACACGGAGAGAAAUAGAGAGCAUCCCAAACAGGAAGGGGAUUCUCAGAACACAGGGAAGGAGUGUGUUCCGUUAAAAAGAGGGAGCCAGGAUGAGAUAUGGCCGGAAGAAUGUAAAAAGAGGGGGAGAAUGGGUGAAGAGGAGGAAGAGGAGGAUAAUUAUGAGGAAAUUGAAGAUGUAAACGUUAUCUCAGACUUAAAGUUAACUCCAAGUCCAGGCCCCAGUGUAGAAAACACUAAACACAUCCAAAGGUCUGAGCUGAGGCUGGUACUGUUAGGGGAGACUUGGUCCUCCCGUCACCCAGCAGGGUACACAAUCCUGGGCAGAGAGGCAUCACACCCAGCUGAGUCCAUCUCUAUGCCAUGGCGGGGACAAAUCGCUGGAAGACAGGUCAGUGUGGUCGAACCACUUGGGCUAAAGUGGCGUAACGGACCAGACGGCAACACCUCCAUCCCCACAGACCCAACACAGCUCCAGAACAUCUUCCAUAGUGUUUCCCUGUCCCACCCAGGUCCCCACGCUAUCCUCCUGGUCCUACCAGCCUACCUGUCAUUCACACAGAAGUAUCGGAGAGCGGUGGAACACCAUAUGAGUGUGCUCGGGGAAGAUAGUUGGCGUCGCACUAUGGUGCUGUUUACGUGGGGGGAAGCUUUAGGGGAGAGCGCUGAGCAGCACAUAUUGAGGAAUGGGGACCUCCAGUGGCUGGUGGGACAAUGCGGCGGUAGACACCAUAUUCUGGCCAGCAGGAAGAACAACUCUCAAACAGCAGAGCUAAUGGAGAAGAUAGAGGAGAUGGUGGCAGGAAACGGUGACUAUCAAUGUAAUGGAGACUGAUCUUCAGUUGGGAUGAGUAGAGAUGAAUGGAGAGACAAAGGAUGGACUGGGAUGAUAUGAGAGGGAAAUAAUCAGUUGUUUGAAAUCUUUGUGAACAGGCCAAUGGCGGGAUGUUUUAUUUCAUGUGUAGUUUUUAAAUAUUUUUUGAUAUAAAAUAUCAUUAAUUGAUGAGGAGAUAUGCAACAGUUACCAAAUACAGAGCCAAACUACAGAAGCAAAAGAAAUCACGGAUGAGUCGUUCACAAAUGUCACAAAUAUUCCAACUUCAAUGAAUUAUUCCUUGACAAUCCUUUUACAUACAAAUGUCAAACAUUUACCAAACAUGCUUGCUCCAAACGGACUUUUUCAUGUGUUACAUUUCAGAAAGAUCCAAAAUGUUGUGGUCGUUUUUUGUUCCAGUUUCGCACGGAACGACCCCAUAAGACCGCUUAUAGGUAAAAAGUUGGAUUUACAGUAUGUGAGUUGAAUAGUUUCUCCACAAGUUAGAAAUCUUGAAUCACUUUCUGUGGACGGCAGAUGGAGCGUUUCAAGAUGCUGAUGUUCAACAUGUUGAUAAUAAAUUGGAUUAAAGGAGUUGAAAUGUGUCCAAGCACCAGUACGUUUAAUGAAGACAUCAUAAGUGAAAUAUGAAGUAGGCUAAUGUAUACAGGGUCAUAGUGGGCCAGGGCCCGUAUCCACAGUAUCGCAGAGUUGGAGUGCUGAUCUGGGAUUAGGUCCCCCCCUUGUCCAUGCAAUGUUAUUAAUUGAGAUUUAAAAGAUAAAACUGAUCCUAGAUCAACACUCCUACACUGAGAUGCUUUGUGAAAACAGGCACAUUUAUAAAAAAUAGAAGAUAAACAGGAAAAACUAAUCCCAUUAUUGUAAAAUGUGAAUGAUUAAAUAUUACUGAAUUAUUGCAA